GUGCCAUUCGGGUUCACUGCAGAAGUCCUAAAGAGAGCUGCCGAGCUCCUCGCUACCUCCACCGAAUGGCAACGAUACCUUCACCUCCUCGACACUCGGGACUCGAUUGAUGAUAUCCCAGUCACCAGUAAUAGGUGGCCAGGGUCUUUCUCCACUGUGGCGCGUCUACAACAGCAAACAAUGACCGUCGGAGAGAUCCACGAUAGGGACCGAAUGCAGCGCACAGCCGAGGAAACUAGAGCUAGGCGCCGACGUAUCCUUCCGCUUCCAGAUGGUGAGGACGAGGCAACACCAAACGCGGUCGCCUUAAUCCUUCUCCAAACAGUCUCCCACCUUACGCACUCCAACCUAGAGUGGGUACUGAACCGCGUGCACUUCAGAUGCCAGUUCCACACUAUGAAGUUCAAUGCCUUUACAGAUGGUGCAUUGCGCUCGAAACAGACCAGGGACAUCUUCGCUAUCGUGGAGGCGAAGAAGAGGCUGCGCACUGUGGACACUGAGGCCAUUCUAACCCAAGAGGCGUGUGAAGUAGUUGCGUGUGUGAUGGACAACUCUAGGGAGAUGGCCCGCUUCAACGAACAUUUCAUGUUGAUUUUCCAGGAUCGACAUGAGCUUUUUAUCACCUUUGCGUCUAUCGAGGGAGCGUACGAAGGACACCUGCGGAACGGGACCGACACUGAUAGCUUCCUUGUGAUGAAGACAUAUGGUCCGUACCACACAGGCUCAUGUGAGGAAAUGGAUGAAUUCGGGCAAGUCAUCCUCGGAUCAAUGUUGAUCGUCAAUCCGGUGGCUUAA